UGUGGCUCCUCCUUAUUGGCGGAAUCAUGGGCGGAAUGGUCGCAUUGCGAUGGAUGGUAUCAGCACAUCACUGCAGGGAAACCUGGGUGCUGUGGUCAUGCUUUGGAAAACACUUUUUUCUCUCUCUCAGCAUCUUCCAUGUAAUAAGGUGUCCGCGCUGUGUUUCUGUACGGAGCUAAAUACAAGACGGACCCCGCCACUUCCUGUUUUGUUUUUCUUUCGCUCCUCUUUAGCUCGGAUCGUGUAGAAAUGGAAAAGACUGCGGGGCACGGGGACCACAGUCUGCCCGGAAGAAAAUGUGAUCUCCUCAAUCAACGGUGGACCAAAUAGACCCAGCAGCAGAAGCGAGCCUCACUCCGCCCCGUGUCUCCUCGACAUGGCUCUCAGCUCGGGCGGCUGGGGUCCCCCAGCUUCGGUCCCUGCCUCGUCCCAGCAGGCUGCGUGCGGCGGGCCUGUGACAGCCGCUUGCUGCAGUACCGUUUUGAUGUCGGUCCGCGUCUCGGUGUCCCAUUCAGGGAUUCGACCCCUGUGCCUCCCCGGAGCAGGGAGCGAGGCUUUGCGCCUGCAGCUCAGCAUGGACCCGAGCCGGGCCGGAGAGUUCCGACUGGCGCUGCGAGAUACGAGCGGAAACCGCAGUGUGUUCAUUGCAGAGUUUGACUUGCGCUCGGUGCAGUACGAGGUCAAAUCCUCUCGCUGCCAUGAGAUGCGUCUGGCUGCUCCGCCUCACGACUGCAUCCGCUUCAACUUUCGCUGCGACCGGGAGGCAGAGGAGUGGGCCACCGUGGUGAUGUCAUCGCUGAGAGAGGCGCACAGAGUUGCGAACAGUAAGUGUGAGUUGGACGGCAGAGCCGACGCCCCCCCGGCGGGGGCGGCGGAUCCCUGGACCUCGGCCUCGCUGCCUCUCUCCGAGGAGCUGUGUUUGGAGCUGGCGAAGGCCAUCGAGGCAGGCGACGCUCGGGCGGCGUCCCAGCACGCGUCGGCCCUGGCCCGACAGAAAGCGGCGCUGACCAUCCAGCUGGCCCAGAAAAACUACGCCGACGCGGAGAUCAGUUUGUCUGUGGUGGUGGAGGAUGUUUCGUCUUCCUGUUGUGUCACAGUGAAAGUUUACCCCUACAUGACCGUGGCUGCGCUCAAGCAACAGGUGUUCCUGGAGUACGGCUUCCACCCCCGCGUGCAGCGCUGGGUGAUCGGUCAGUGCCUGUGCACCGAGCCCAGGUCGCUGGCCUCCUACGGCGUGCAGAAGGACGGCGACACGGCCUACCUGUAUCUGAUCUCCGCCAGGCAAGCCCACAUCACGCGCCAGCUGUUCCAGCAGGACCUGGAGAGCGCCCUCCUCACCCCGCCGCUGCCCCCGGGCAACGGCCCCACCUGCCAGGACCGGAGGGGCUACAGCACCCUGCCCCCCAGGCUCCCCCACAACAACCAAGGUACAGGUGGAGGGAAUGAUAGAUCGGGAAACAUCAAAGAUGUCCUGAACUUUGAGAAGCUGCAGCUCAAUGAUCACGCACACAAACCCAGUAAAACGCAGCAGACCGAGUGGGCUUGUCCUUCAUGCACUUUUAUCAACAAAGCGUCUCGUCCCGGCUGUGAGAUCUGUGCCACAGCCAGACCCGACACGCAGAGCUGUAUCCAGCAGGAAAAAGGAAGGAGAGAAGAUCGCAGCGACUCGGGUCUAAGCAGCAGCUGACUGCCCAUCAGCCUCACACACACACACACACAC